AUGCAUCAUAUUCCUGAACAACGUUCCAUUCUCCCUGAAACUAGAUUGAAGGUAGAAAAUUUACAAUUAAUUAAACAUGGCCAGGCUCUCAUGUUUUUCGACUGCUUUCUUUCUCAUCUUUGCCUUGAUCUGUACCAUUGAUGUCAUGGCUCAGAGUCCGGGGCGUGCUGAUGGAAGUGUUCGCCCAACCGGCGGUGAGGGAUCACUUCGUGCUGAACAAUGCGGAGGGGCAUGUGCAUAUCGAUGCUCAGCAACUUCACACAAGAACCCAUGUAUAGAAUUCUGCAACAUGUGCUGCAAGAAGUGUCUAUGUGUUCCAUCAGGCACACAUGGACACAAGGAAGAAUGUCCAUGCUACAACAACUGGAAGACCAAGGAAGGAGGCCCCAAGUGCCCAUGAAACACAAACAAAUAAUUAAUUUACCCAAUGUCUUGUAUGUUUGCGAGAAUAAAUGUAUGAAAAAAUAGACCAAGUAAUAAUGAAAAAACACAUCACCUUCUUGGGGG